AUGGCAUCGCCUAAUGAUAUACACAACAUUGAAAUACCUAUUAGACAUCGUAUGGAAGCACUCGUUAGGUUAAAGCAACGAGAAAUCACUGCAGCUAUAGAAAACAUCGAUCAGGCCAAAUUUCACAUAGAUGCGUGGGAAAGAGGUGAUAAAGGUGGUGGUGGCCAAUCAAUGGUAUUGCAAAACGGUGAAGUAUUUGAGAAGGGAGGUGUUAACAUUUCAAUUGUUCACGGAACGUUACCUGCUCAAGCCGUAACUAGAAUGAGGGUCAACCACAAGAAUUUGAAGGGAUGCGGCGAAGAUGGCAGUGUCAAGUUCUUUGCGUGUGGAUUAUCCUUAGUUAUCCAUCCUACGAACCCGCAUGCCCCUACCACACAUGCAAAUUAUAGGUACUUUGAAACUACUGACCCCGAAACUAACGAAGUCCAGACGUGGUGGUUUGGAGGUGGUGCAGACUUGACACCUUCAUACUUGUACGAGGAAGACUGCAAGCUCUUCCACCAAAGCCAUAAGGAUGCGUUGGAUAAGUACGAUGACACGUUGUACCCCAAAUACAAGAAAUGGUGUGACGAAUACUUCUACAUUAAACACAGACAGGAAACAAGAGGUGUGGGAGGAAUUUUUUUCGACGAUUUUGACGAUAGACCGGCCGACGACAUCUUGUACAUCAUCGAAUCGUGUUUCGAUGCUUUCUUGCCCUCGUACAUUCCAUCGGUCUUGAAAAGGAUGAACACCCCCUUCACAGACGAACAGAAACAAUGGCAACAGAUCAGAAGAGGUAGAUACGUUGAAUUCAACUUGGUAUUGGACAGAGGUACUCAAUUUGGCUUACAGACCCCUGGUUCCCGAGUAGAGAGUAUAUUGAUGUCUUUACCAGCCACGGCCAGCUGGGUCUAUGAUCAUCAUCCAGAGGAGGGGAGCGAAGAGGACAAAUUGGUAAAAGUAUUGCAGAAUCCUAUCGACUGGGUUUAG